AUGACGCACGUCACGCCGUUAGAGUCCACGGCUUCGCCGAACCCCGGCGUCUUCCGAGAUCCUUCGAUGCGACUGCUUCCGGUCUCCGUGCUGUUGCUGCUUUCCGGCCUCACCCAGGCCCAGCAGCUCAGUGAAAUCCCUCAGGGCCUGCGUGAUGCGACACCCCGCUGGCAUGCCCUCACCGACGUGCGUCUCGUGCUGGCGCCCGGCCAGGUCGUCGAGCGCGGCACGCUGGUGAUGAAGGACGGCGUCAUCGUCGCCGCCGGGGCCGAUGUGAAGCCGCCGGCGGGCGCGCGGAUCUGGUCCCUGCCCGGCCGCACGGUGUACGCGGGGUUCAUCGACGCCGCCAGCAGCCUCGGGCAGCCGCGCGGCCCGGCCCGGGUCGAACCCGCCCGGGGCAAGCCGCUGACCGCCACGCAACGCUGGGUGAAGGCCGACCUGCACCAGGCCGCCUCGCUCGACCUGAAGGCGGAGGACGUGAAGGCCGCCCGCGAGCAGGGCUUCACCACCGCGCUGUCGAUGCCGCCCGGCCCGGGCGUGUUCCGUGGCCAGAGCGCCCUCAUCAGCCUGCGCGACGACGGCGACGCGCGCAGCCUCGUCAUCACGCCGGACGUGGCGCAGCACGUGGCCUUCGACUACCAGGGCUACGACUGGGAGGCCGGAACAUCUGCGUCGUCGCGAUGCGCCGGCCCUCGGCGUCCUCCAGCGCGAGCGGCAUGCGCAGGCGCUGCCCCCAGUCGGCAAAGGCUGCCGCCUGCUCCUCGCGACUCGCCGUGA